AUGGUAGCCCAGCUGUCUACCGAACAGCAGGAACGUCUCGAUGAUGGAGAAGCUCUCCUACGAGAAUAUCAGUCUUCAAAGAAGUUACACACACUCAAUAGCGUUCAAUUUCACGAAAAAAUCGUCUCUCAAGUGGCCAAAUUUGUCUGUGGUCGUCGUGCCGGACCUCAAAAGGACUUAGCUACUACCUAUAGGCAAUGGAUUGUAGAUGCUAGACUAGUAGCCGAGAUGGUUUGUCAUAAUCUCACAAAGUUAGCUACGGAGGAAAUCCAGACACCUCAAUCUGGCGCAAAUCCCAUUAUUGACCUGGUCAAGAAGGAUCUGCUGGAUUUAGGCGUAACUAGGUUUCUGAAGUAUUAUUACUGUCAUUCAAUUGAUGUGAGUUCGUGGAUCUGUAUUGAAAAACAUAAAGCGCUUACGAGGAAGAAGGAACAAAAGGAGAAGGAGUUGAUUCUGGCUAGUGCGAUGAACAAGAAAUUACACAUGUGA